GUGAGUGUGUGUGUGUGUGCGUGCAUGUGUUCAGCAGCAGUUAGUUCAACUAUGACACAAAUCCUCUGCUGCUGCUCGGCCAUGACUCUUCCACACUGACACUAACAGGUGAAACGGACACAUUCAUCAUUUCUACUCCUUCCUGUGCAGAACAAUGGAUGCAGCCGAUGUCACAGACGAAGAUGAGCUUCUGGACCCUGAUGUUCAGAUGAUCAUUCAGGACUCGUGUCAAAGACAGCGUCUGAGGUGUAGGAGUGAAACUCUGAAGCUUCUAAAGGCUGUGGAGCGAGGAGAUCUGUUGGCCGUGCAGGAGCUCAGUGACCCUUCAGUCUGCAGUCAGGUGGAUGAACAUGGAUGGUGUCCUCUGCAUAAAGCUGCAGUCCAGCCUCAGCUCAGAGUCCUGGAGAUGGUUUUAUUUGCUUCUGUCAGUCUGACUCUGGAGGAGAGGACUCUGGAUGGGGACACGUGUCUCACGCUGGCGGUCAGAGCUGGUUUGGUGGAAAAUGUGGAGCUGCUGCUGGAGCACGGAGCUUCUCCUCACACCACCAACUCCAAGAAGGAAUCUGCUCUGCUCUUAGGUCACAUCCUGUCACCACAGCUUUAUACUGUCAGAGCUGGAUCUCAUCAGAUGGUCUCCACUCUCCUCGCUGGAGGAGCUGAAGUGGAUCAGGUGUGUUUAAAGCAGUGGACGGCCGUCCAUGAAGCAGCGCGAGCUGGCUGUGUCCACGUCAUGGAGCUCUUGUUGAGAAACGGGGGUCGGGUCACAGAGACCGACCAGCAUGGCGUGACUCCUCUGGGUAUCGCUGCUGAGUACAACCAUCCUGAGGUCCUGGAGCUCCUCAUCAAAUAUGGAGCUGAUGUAAACGCUCAAGCACCAAACGGGGACAGUGUCCUGUACGACGCUGCUGGAGCAGGGAAUCCAGACUGUAUCCACAUCCUGCUGCAACAUGGAGCCAAUCCCAACAUCCCUAACCUGAGCUCCCAGCUGCCCAUCCACCGAGCUGCGUUUGAAGGACACUACCUAGCUCUCAGGAUUCUGAUCCCCAUCACCACUCGGAGAGCCCUGCGGCUGUCUGGUCAGAGCCCGGUCCACUCUGCAGCAGACGGAGGCCACGUCCAGUGCCUUGAGCUUCUGCUGCACAAAGGCUUCGACGCCAACGCUCUGCUAGCGCCUCACAUGUCAGAAAACUACGGAGACUUGAGGAAAAGCUCUCUCUACUUUGCUGUUUCCAAUGGAGACGCCACAUGUACUGAGCUCCUGCUGAGGAUGGGGGCACAACCAGACCUGGACCCCCUGCACUGCCUCCUGGUGGCGGUCCGGGGCGGCCGUUAUGAGAUUGUGAAGCUGCUGCUGGCAGCUGGAGCAGACGUGAACUGCUGCUUCCCUGUGGUGACUGACACGGUGUUUCCGACGGCUCUGCAGUACUGCCUGAACGACGAGGUGAUGCUCAGGCUGCUGCUCAACAACGGCUAUGAUGCUGAGAAAUGUUUCUGUUGUCACCACGGCAACAGCUGGGAGGACAUGUUUGAGUCUGGUGGCUCACAUCAGGGUGGGAAAGUUGCUUUCUGUGAUUUUGUCAGUGUCUCUUGGUUGGUGAACCUGGUGGGCAGGUUUGUGUUGGUCCUCCUUCAGUACGUUGGACAAGUGUCUCUUUGUGGGAAACUGAAGAAAAUCUUGAAGAAACACGAGGAGUGGCCUCAAAUUCACAACAUCAUAAGUAACCCUCGGUCUCUGUCUCACCUGAGCAGAGUGGAGACAAGAAGACACGUGAGCUGCAGCCGGCUGAGGUCCAUGGUGCUGCCCAACAGGCUGAGGAGCUACCUGCUGUUCAAAGACAAUGAUCUGUACGCUGAAAUCAUCUGCAGAGAGGACAAUUAACCAAUAAGCUACAUAGAUUUAUUAGUAAAUAAGCAAUAAACAUGUUUUAUUUAACCCAGAGGAGCCCAAAGUGGGGUCCGCGGGCCAAAUUUGGCCC